UCCUCAAAAUCUUUCAAGAGAACUUCUCGUUGUCUCUCCUUAGCCACAAAAGAAUGGUCUUAAUGUGUUUACACAUAUAUCUUAACAUUGUAUGCUCGUCUCACCUAUAACCUCAAAUGCAUGUUUGCUUAUUGUAUUCCAUUUACAUUCUUGUACAAACUUCAGGAUAGAGAUGCGAUAGAGUAAGCAUGAGAAGCGUUCAUUGUUUCGUGAUAAAGAGGGACUCAUUACCUUGAACACGUAACUUAUUUUAAAAAAACAACGUAUGCAAAAUACCCUGAGUAUUAUUUAAGAGCUCUAUGUUCAAUGGAAUUCUCUUCGUGAAAGAUGCUUUUGUCUGAAUGCGCCCUGGGCUAAUGGUAUUUGUUUGUGCGUGUAGCUUUUCCUUGAGAGUCUUUCCAUUCCAGGUCAUUGCGUGUCAAAGCAACCAAAUUUUGGAAACAUCCUCAUUUAAAAAUAUUACAUUUAAUAGUAAAUGUUUUUAGACAUUCUUUUUUAAAUGCAAUAAGUAUCAGAUCGCCAUUUUGUUUUUAAACCUGUGCAAAUGGAGCCACAUUGAGAUCCCCAUAUCUCUGGGAUUGUAAAGGGUCUAAUAAAUAAAGAGACCAAAUAAAGUCUAGUCUCUAAAAUUUACCUUUAAAAUGUAUGUUAUACUUCUUGAGUGUAUACAAGCUUUUGGAGAAAAAAUGUGUUUUUUCUCAUUUUUGAACUGUCACCAUUCGCAAUUAAUGCGACAAGGAUUGCUAAACUUUACAAAUCUACAAACAAAAAUGUCUGAUUGACAACAUUUUUUUUAACCUCCUGUAAUUUGGAUCCCAUGAUUAAUUUGAGUUUGUCAUUUUUACACCACUCAACAAAACUCAAUAAUUAUUCCUCCAUAGCAUUUAGCUUUUAUUCAAGAAAAAGAAUGAUCAAUAGGAUUACUCAGUUAGUGUUUAAAUCUCACCAUUAAAGGAACAGUUUACUCAAAAAUGAAAAUAUUCAUCAACUCUCCCUCAAGUUAUUCCAAAUCCGUAUGAACACAGAGAAAGGUAUUUGGAAAAAUGCACCAUUGACGAUCAUAUUAGGAAAAACUGCUUUAUAAAUGUUUUUGUUCUGAUGAACACAAAGUCAAUAGCUGCUCUGAAACAAAAUGUGUAACUUUCUGUUUAAAUUUUGUGCAUUUUGGCAUUGACAGUUAAGCAUAAUGGCAUUUUCAAUGUUCACAAUCACAAUACUUUUCAAAAUGUUAAGAAAGGCCAUAAUAGUGUAUUCCUGUCUAAUUUUUAUGAGCGCACCUUCAAAAUACUUUAAUAUAGACUUGUUAUACAGGAAGUGGAAAUGAUUGAUUUGUAUACUUGUCUUCCUGUUGCUCGUAUUAAAACAGGUCAGCACAUGGUGAUAAAACAUCAGAGGGGAGCUGUGAGAGCAGUGAUGGACAUGAGUCUGUUUGUGCUGCUUCUGCUGUCAUGGCUUCUGUGCAGCGCUUAUGGUGUUCCGCGAAAGUACAACUUCAUAAAUCAGAAUAUGACAUGGGCAGCAGCUCAGAGUUACUGUAGAGAGAGGUUCACUGAUCUGGCAACUGUAGACUCUAUAGAUGAUGUGAACAGGACGGUGAAUACAGUGAAUGAUGGAUACAGUGGAUCAGUGUGGAUUGGACUGAAAAGGGGCACACAGCAUCGUUGGGUUUGGUGUGGAGAAAACACAAUCUCCGAGUACAUUAACUGGGAGCCAGGACAGCCAAAUCAACCAUUAAGUGAAUUUUGUGUGUUUAGCUCUAAUGGGGGUUGGCAUGAUAUGCCGUGUAAAUCUGUUCUUCCUUUUGUGUGUUACAAUGGUGAGUUUUGUGUUUGUUUCAAUUUAAGAAUGUGCAAUUUAGAAAAAGAAGAGCUGAUUUUUUUGAAUCUAUCAAUAGAAAAUGGGUACAUCAUGGUAAACAGUUAUAAAAACUGGACAGAUGCUCAGAGUUACUGCAGACAGUAUCACACUGAUCUGGCCACCAUCCACAGCCUUGAGGAGCAGAACCAGCAAAGUGCAGUUGUAGGAAGCGGACAAAGCGUCUGGAUCGGUCUGUCUCUGGACUCUUGGCAGUGGUCUGAUCAAUGGAAUCUCAUUUUUAGAAACUGGGCAGCAGGAUACACAUCACAGACAUCAGAAUCUGGUGAUUGUGCUGUCAUGUCCACAACUGACUCUGGGAAAUGGAUUCAGGACAGCUGUGAUCUUCACCAUCCUUUUCUCUGCUAUGGACGGCCCAAACCUCUUUAUCGACCUCAUCACUACAUCAACACUAGAAUGUCUUGGUCAGAAGCUCAGAGUUACUGCAGAGAGAGAUUCACUGAUCUGGCUACUGUAGACUCUAUGGAUGAUGUGAACAGGAUGAUAAAUAAAGUGAAUGAUGGAUACAGUACAUCAGUGUGGAUUGGACUGAAGAGGGCGACACAGAGUCGAUGGGGAUGGUCUAUGGGAGACACUCUUACACAGUACACUGGUUGGAAGUCAGGAAAACCUAAUGGUGAUGGAGUAUGCGGCGAACUUAACAAUGGAGAAUGGAACGAUCUUCCAUGCAGCACAAAUUAUAGUUUUGUGUGCUACAAUGAAACUAUUGGAAACAUCCUGAUACAGACUCUGAAAAACUGGAGAGAUGCUCAGAGUUACUGCAGACAGUAUCACACUGAUCUGGCCACCAUCAGCAGCCCUGAGGAGCAACAACAGCUGAAUAAUCUUGCUGGAUAUACCUCACAUGUCUGGAUCGGUCUGUUCUCUGACUCUUGGCAGUGGUCUGAUCAAUGGAGUCUCUUCUUUAGAAACUGGGCAGCAGGACAACCAUCAACAUCUGGUGAAUGUGUCGCCAUGUCAUCAGCAACUCCUGGGAAAUGGGCUCAUGAUAGCUGUAAUCUGAAACGUCCAUUUUUCUGCCAUGGAUGGCCCAAACCUUUAUAUCGACAUUAUCACUAUAUAAAUGAAAGUAGGUCAUGGUCAGACGCUCAGAGUUACUGCAGAGAGAGGUUCACUGAUCUGGCAACUGUAGACUCUAUAGAUGAUGUGAACAGGACGGUGAAUACAGUGAAUGAUGGAUACAGUGGAUCAGUGUGGAUUGGACUGAAGAGGGCGACACAGAGUCGAUGGGUCUGGUCGAUGGAGAACAACACACUCUCUCAGUAUAUUAACUGGAAAGCAGGAGAGCCAAACUUUGAUGGAGAGUGUGUAGGGAGUUCUAAUGGAAGUUGGUUUGAUGAAACAUGCUCAACUUUACUUCCAUUUGUGUGUUACAACGGCACCGCUGGUUUUAUUUUUAUUAAUAUGACUCUGACUUGGAGAGAUGCUCAGAAUUACUGCAGACAACAUCACACUGACUUGGCGAGUGUCAGCAGUCCAGAGCAACAGCGUCUGAUCAAUGAUAAAUCAUCAGUCUGGAUCGGUCUGUUUCUACACUCCUGGCAGUGGUCUGAUGAUUGGAGUCUCAGUUUCAGAUAUUGGACAACGGGACAACCAUCCAACAGUUCAGCGUCUGGUAACUGUGUUGCCAUGACAACAAAUGACUCUGGAAAAUGGGUUUAUGACAACUGUGACCAAAAGUUUCCCUUUAUUUGCCAUGGACGGCCUAAACCUCUUUAUCGACUGUAUCACUACAUAAACACCACACUGUCAUGGUCAGAAGCUCAGAGUUACUGCAGAGAGAGGUUCACUGAUCUGGCUACUGUAGACUCUAUGAAUGAUGUGAACAGGACGAUAAAUAAAGUGAAUGAUGGAUACAGUGGAUCAGUGUGGAUCGGUCUGAAGAGGGCAACACGGAGUCGAUGGGGAUGGUCUAAUGGUGAUGACAGCUACACACAGUACAGAGGGUGGGGUACAGGAGAACCUCAUGGUGAUGGAGAAUGUUGCGAACUUAAGAAUGGAGCUUGGAACGAUCUUCCAUGUAGUACAGAUUUUGGUUUUGUGUGCUACAAUGAAACUAUUGGAAACAUCCUGAUAAAGACUCUGAAAAACUGGACAGAUGCUCAGAGUUACUGCAGACAGUAUCACACUGAUCUGGCCACCAUCAGCAGCCCUGAGGAGCAACAACAGCUGUAUAAUCUUGCUAGAAAUGUUUCACGGGUCUGGAUCGGUCUGUUCUCUGACUCGUGGCAGUGGUCUGAUCAAUGGAGUCUCUUCUUUAGAAACUGGGCAGCAGUACAACCAUCAACAUCUGGUGAUUGUGUUGCCAUGUCAACAACUGACUCUGGAAAAUGGACUCAAUACAGCUGUGAUCAUCAGCGUCCUUUUAUCUGCUAUGGACGGCCCAAACUUCAUCGCCAUUAUCUCUAUGUAAAUAAUAAAAUGUCUUGGUCAGAAGCUCAGAGUUACUGCAGAGAGAGGUUUACUGAUCUGGCUACUGUAGACUCUAUGAAUGAUGUGAACAAGUUGAUGAAUACAGUGAAGUCUUGGUAUAGCGGGUCAUUGUGGAUUGGACUGAAGAGGACGACACAGAGUCGAUGGCUCUGGUCUUCAGGUUAUGACACUCUUAAGCAGUUCAGUGGAUGGCAGUCAGGAGAACCUAAUGGUGAUCCAGCAUGUGUGUUUUUCGCCAAUGGAUUUUGGAGUAAAUAUUCGUGCUCAAAUCGUUUAUUCUUUGUGUGCUAUAAUGGUAUUGGAAACAUUGUGAUUCCAAUUUGGAAUAACUGGACAGAUGCUCAGAGUUACUGUAGACAGUAUCACACCGAUCUGGCCACCAUCAGCAGUCCUGAGGAACAAAAGCAGCUGUAUAGUGUGGUUGGAAAUGGGCCAUGGGUCUGGAUCGGUCUGUUCUUUGACUCUUGGCAGUGGUCUGAUCAAUGGAGUCUCUUUAAUUUCAGAUACUGGGAGACAGGAUACACAUCCCUGAGUUCUGGAUCUGGUAACUGUGUUGCCAUGUCCACAACUGACUCUGGGAAAUGGAUUCAGGACAGCUGUGAUCUUCACCGUCCUUUUCUCUGCUAUGGACGGCCCAAACCUCUUUAUCGACCUCAUCACUACAUCAACACUAGAAUGUCUUGGUCAGAAGCUCAGAUUUACUGCAGAGAGAGAUUCACUGAUCUGGCUACUGUAGACUCUAUAGAUGAUGUGAACAGGAUGAUAAAUAAAGUGAAUGAUGGAUACAGUACAUCAGUGUGGAUUGGACUGAAGAGGGCGACACAGAGUCGAUGGGGAUGGUCUAUGGGAGACACUCUUACACAGUACACUGGAUGGAAGUCAGGAAAACCUAAUGGUGAUGGAGUAUGCGGCGAACUUAACAGUGGAGAAUGGAACGAUCUUCCAUGCAGCACAAAUUAUAGUUUUGUGUGCUACAAUGAAACUAUUGGAAACAUCCUGAUACAGACUCUGAAAAACUGGAGAGAUGCUCAGAGUUACUGCAGACAGUAUCACACUGAUCUGGCCACCAUCAGCAGCCCUGAGGAGCAACAACAGCUGUAUAAUCUUGCUGGAUAUACCUCACAUGUCUGGAUCGGUCUGUUCUCUGACUCUUGGCAGUGGUCUGAUCAAUGGAGUCUCUUCUUUAGAAACUGGGCAGCAGGACAACCAUCAACAUCUGGUGAAUGUGUUGCCAUGUCAACAACAGACUCUGGGAAAUGGGCUCAUGACAGCUGUAAUCUGAAACGUCCAUUUUUCUGCCAUGGAUGGCCCAAACCUUUAUAUCGACAUUAUCACUAUAUAAAUGAAAGUAGGUCAUGGUCAGACGCUCAGAGUUACUGCAGAGAGAGGUUCACUGAUCUGGCAACUGUAGACUCUAUAGAUGAUGUGAACAGGACGGUGAAUACAGUGAAUGAUGGAUACAGUGGAUCAGUGUGGAUUGGACUGAAGAGGGCGACACAGAGUCGAUGGGUCUGGUCGAUGGAGAACAACACACUCUCUCAGUAUAUUAACUGGAAAGCAGGAGAGCCAAACUUUGAUGGAGAGUGUGUAGGGAGUUCUAAUGGAAGUUGGUUUGAUGAAACAUGCUCAACUUUACUUCCAUUUGUGUGUUACAAUAGCACCGCUGGUUUUAUUUUUAUUAAUAUGACUCUGACUUGGAGAGAUGCUCAGAAUUACUGCAGACAACAUCACACUGACUUGGCGAGUGUCAGCAGUGCAGAGCAACAGCGUCUGAUCAAUGAUAAAUCAUCAGUCUGGAUCGGUCUGUUUCUACACUCCUGGCAGUGGUCUGAUGAUUGGAGUCUCAGUUUCAGAUAUUGGACAACGGGACAACCAUCCAACAGUUCAGCAUCUGGUAACUGUGUUGCCAUGACAACAAAUGACUCUGGAAAAUGGGUUUAUGACAACUGUGACCAAAAGUUUCCCUUUAUUUGCCAUGGACGGCCUAAACCUCUUUAUCGACUGUAUCACUACAUAAACACCACACUGUCAUGGUCAGAAGCUCAGAGUUACUGCAGAGAGAGAUUCACUGAUCUGGCUACUGUAGACUCUAUGAAUGAUGUGAACAGGACGAUAAAUAAAGUGAAUGAUGGAUACAGUGGAUCAGUGUGGAUCGGUCUGAAGAGGGCAACACGGAGUCGAUGGGGAUGGUCUAAUGGUGAUGACAGCUACACACAGUACAGAGGGUGGGGUACAGGAGAACCUCAUGGUGAUGGAGAAUGUUGCGAACUUAAGAAUGGAGCUUGGAACGAUCUUCCAUGUAGUACAGAUUUUGGUUUUGUGUGCUACAAUGAAACUAUUGGAAACAUCCUGAUAAAGACUCUGAAAAACUGGACAGAUGCUCAGAGUUACUGCAGACAGUAUCACACUGAUCUGGCCACCAUCAGCAGCCCUGAGGAGCAACAACAGCUGUAUAAUCUUGCUAGAAAUGUUUCACGGGUCUGGAUCGGUCUGUUCUCUGACUCGUGGCAGUGGUCUGAUCAAUGGAGUCUCUUCUUUAGAAACUGGGCAGCAGUACAACCAUCAACAUCUGGUGAUUGUGUUGCCAUGUCAACAACUGACUCUGGAAAAUGGACUCAAUACAGCUGUGAUCAUCAGCGUCCUUUUAUCUGCUAUGGACGGCCCAAACUUCAUCGCCAUUAUCUCUAUGUAAAUAAUAAAAUGUCUUGGUCAGAAGCUCAGAGUUACUGCAGAGAGAGGUUUACUGAUCUGGCUACUGUAGACUCUAUGAAUGAUGUGAACAAGUUGAUGAAUACAGUGAAGUCUUGGUAUAGCGGGUCAUUGUGGAUUGGACUGAAGAGGACGACACAGAGUCGAUGGCUCUGGUCUUCAGGUUAUGACACUCUUAAGCAGUUCAGUGGAUGGCAGUCAGGAGAACCUAAUGGUGAUCCAGCAUGUGUGUUUUUCGCCAAUGGAUUUUGGAGUAAAUAUUCGUGCUCAAAUCGUUUAUUCUUUGUGUGCUAUAAUGGUAUUGGAAACAUUGUGAUUCCAAUUUGGAAAAACUGGACAGAUGCUCAGAGUUACUGUAGACAGUAUCACACCGAUCUGGCCACCAUCAGCAGUCCUGAGGAACAAAAGCAGCUGUAUAGUGUGGUUGGAAAUGGGCCAUGGGUCUGGAUCGGUCUGUUCUUUGACUCUUGGCAGUGGUCUGAUCAAUGGAGUCUCUUUAAUUUCAGAUACUGGGAGACAGGAUACACAUCCCUGAGUUCUGGAUCUGGUAACUGUGUUGCCAUGUCCACAACUGACUCUGGGAAAUGGAUUCAGGACAGCUGUGAUCUUCACCGUCCUUUUCUCUGCUAUGGACGGCCCAAACCUCUUUAUCGACCUCAUCACUACAUCAACACUAGAAUGUCUUGGUCAGAAGCUCAGAUUUACUGCAGAGAGAGAUUCACUGAUCUGGCUACUGUAGACUCUAUAGAUGAUGUGAACAGGAUGAUAAAUAAAGUGAAUGAUGGAUACAGUACAUCAGUGUGGAUUGGACUGAAGAGGGCGACACAGAGUCGAUGGGGAUGGUCUAUGGGAGACACUCUUACACAGUACACUGGAUGGAAGUCAGGAAAACCUAAUGGUGAUGGAGUAUGCGGCGAACUUAACAGUGGAGAAUGGAACGAUCUUCCAUGCAGCACAAAUUAUAGUUUUGUGUGCUACAAUGAAACUAUUGGAAACAUCCUGAUACAGACUCUGAAAAACUGGAGAGAUGCUCAGAGUUACUGCAGACAGUAUCACACUGAUCUGGCCACCAUCAGCAGCCCUGAGGAGCAACAACAGCUGUAUAAUCUUGCUGGAUAUACCUCACAUGUCUGGAUCGGUCUGUUCUCUGACUCUUGGCAGUGGUCUGAUCAAUGGAGUCUCUUCUUUAGAAACUGGGCAGCAGGACAACCAUCAACAUCUGGUGAAUGUGUCGCCAUGUCAACAACAGACUCUGGGAAAUGGGCUCAUGACAGCUGUAAUCUGAAACGUCCAUUUUUCUGCCAUGGAUGGCCCAAACCUUUAUAUCGACAUUAUCACUAUAUAAAUGAAAGUAGGUCAUGGUCAGACGCUCAGAGUUACUGCAGAGAGAGGUUCACUGAUCUGGCAACUGUAGACUCUAUAGAUGAUGUGAACAGGACGGUGAAUACAGUGAAUGAUGGAUACAGUGGAUCAGUGUGGAUUGGACUGAAGAGGGCGACACAGAGUCGAUGGGUCUGGUCGAUGGAGAACAACACACUCUCUCAGUAUAUUAACUGGAAAGCAGGAGAGCCAAACUUUGAUGGAGAGUGUGUAGGGAGUUCUAAUGGAAGUUGGUUUGAUGAAACAUGCUCAACUUUACUUCCAUUUGUGUGUUACAACGGCACCGCUGGUUUUAUUUUUAUUAAUAUGACUCUGACUUGGAGAGAUGCUCAGAAUUACUGCAGACAACAUCACACUGACUUGGCGAGUGUCAGCAUUGCAGAGCAACAGCGUCUGAUCAAUGAUAAAUCAUCAGUCUGGAUCGGUCUGUUUCUACACUCAUGGCAGUGGUCUGAUGAUUGGAGUCUCAGUUUCAGAUAUUGGACAACGGGACAACCAUCCAACAGUUCAGCAUCUGGUAACUGUGUUGCCAUGACAACAAAUGACUCUGGAAAAUGGGUUUAUGACAACUGUGACCAAAAGUUUCCCUUUAUUUGCCAUGGACGGCCUAAACCUCUUUAUCGACUGUAUCACUACAUAAACACCACACUGUCAUGGUCAGAAGCUCAGAGUUACUGCAGAGAGAGGUUCACUGAUCUGGCUACUGUAGACUCUAUGAAUGAUGUGAACAGGACGAUAAAUAAAGUGAAUGAUGGAUACAGUGGAUCAGUGUGGAUCGGUCUGAAGAGGGCAACACGGAGUCGAUGGGGAUGGUCUAAUGGUGAUGACACCUACACACAGUACAGAGGGUGGGGUACAGGAGAACCUCAUGGUGAUGGAGAAUGUUGCGAACUUAAGAAUGGAGCUUGGAACGAUCUUCCAUGUAGUACAGAUUUUGGUUUUGUGUGCUACAAUGAAACUAUUGGAAACAUCCUGAUAAAGACUCUGAAAAACUGGACAGAUGCUCAGAGUUACUGCAGACAGUAUCACACUGAUCUGGCCACCAUCAGCAGCCCUGAAGAGCAACAACAGCUGUAUAAUCUUGCUAGAAAUGUUUCACGGGUCUGGAUCGGUCUGUUCUCUGACCCGUGGCAGUGGUCUGAUCAAUGGAGUCUCUUCUUUAGAAACUGGGCAGCAGUACAACCAUCAACAUCUGGUGAUUGUGUUGCCAUGUCAACAACUGACUCUGGAAAAUGGACUCAAUACAGCUGUGAUCAUCAGCGUCCUUUUAUCUGCUAUGGACGGCCCAAACUUCAUCGCCAUUAUCUCUAUGUAAAUAAUAAAAUGUCUUGGUCAGAAGCUCAGGGUUACUGCAGAGAGAGGUUUACUGAUCUGGCUACUGUAGACUCUAUGAAUGAUGUGAACAAGUUGAUGAAUACAGUGAAGUCUUGGUAUAGCGGGUCAUUGUGGAUUGGACUGAAGAGGACGACACAGAGUCGAUGGCUCUGGUCUUCAGGUUAUGACACUCUUAAGCAGUUCAGUGGAUGGCAGUCAGGAGAACCUAAUGGUGAUCCAGCAUGUGUGUUUUUCGCCAAUGGAUUUUGGAGUAAAUAUUCAUGCUCAAAUCGUUUAUUCUUUGUGUGCUAUAAUGGUAUUAGAAACAUUGUGAUUCCAAUUUGGAAAAACUGGACAGAUGCUCAGAGUUACUGUAGACAGUAUCACAUCGAUCUGGCCACCAUCAGCAGUCCUGAGGAACAAAAGCAGCUGUAUAGUGUGGUUGGAAAUGGGCCAUGGGUCUGGAUCGGUCUGUUCUUUGACUCUUGGCAGUGGUCUGAUCAAUGGAGUCUCUUUAAUUUCAGAUACUGGGCGACAGGAUACACAUCCCUGAGUUCUGGAUCUGGUCACUGUGUUGCCAUGUCCACAACUGACUCUGGGAAAUGGAUUCAAAACAGCUGUGAUGAAAAGUUUCCCUUUAUCUGUUACGGAAAUGAUGAGUUAAUUAAAAGGCAGAUUGGUAAACUGCUUUUGUCAUGUGAUGUGUUACGAUCCCCUGCUAAAAAAUGCAGUUCUGGUGAGCCUUUACUCAAGACAGCAAUUUUAAAUAAGAUUGCAGAGAUUAAUGGGGCUGUAUAGCAAGACAAUGAGCUGGAGAACGGAUGAAGAUGGAGAUGUGUUUCACCUGGAAAGCUUUUAAAAAAUACUUGUGAUGGGAAUUAUUAAUACUUAACUUUAUUUACAUUUAGAUAUAUUCAGUUUUCAUUUAUGAAUCAAGUAAUCACUAAAUAUCUUCUAAAAAUGUACUUUUAAACAUAUAUUUCUUUUUUAAUUGUGCCUGUUAUGGUUGACGUUUUUUAACAUCUUUUUUAAACCAAAAUUUUCAAAGAUACUUCAAAAGUAGUACUACUAGCAUAUUUUUUUCAAUAGCAUUGAUA